AUGAGCAGAGUGACAUCAAAUGCGAACUGGUUGAGACCUUCCUCCACCAAGUCGAAGUCGUUCCGUACGAAGCCCUCUCGUACACCUGGGGGGAACCCGUCUCCCGGGUUUGAGAUUUCUCUGAACGGCUUGCGCCACGCGGUCACGCCCAACCUCUACAAGGCCCUACAAUGCCUGCGCCAUCAAGAUACAGAUCGAAUCCUCUGGAUCGACGCCAUCUGCAUUGACCAAGGGAACCACAUAGAACGUGGCCAUCAGGUCGGCCAGAUGAGACUUAUCUACCAGAAUGCGGACAGGGUUCUCAUCUGGCUCGGCCCGGGCACCUCCACGACAGAUCUCGUCAUGGACUGGGUCAAACGAUUGGACCAACGGGUGGUAUCUAGGCCAGACCAUAUCCGCAGCUCCACCGCGUCCUGGUACCAGGCCCCUUGGCACACAAUCGGCGGCCUUGAAGAUGAAGAUGGAAAAGUUGGCGAGGCAACCCCAGGGCUCCCACAUACGCGGCGACGCAGCCCUGUCCUCACUUCAUUAUACCACAGCCCUUGGUUCCACAGAGUUUGGGUUAUCCAAGAGGCCGCCAGUGCCCGGGCCGCAACGAUUAUGUACGGCCGGAAAUGGGCUCCCUCGCGCACCUUCUCUAUCCUCCCGAAGCUUAUGGGCAUUGAUGUGGAUGCCGGGACCCAAGCUGUGCUCGAUAUUAUGCCGGGUCCUUUACGCGGAUCAAGUUGGCGGAGAAAAAAGCGUGAUCUCGCAACACUCAUCGGCAAAUUCUACGGCUGUCAGGCCAGCGACCCACGCGAUAAAAUCUAUGCGCUGCUUGGAACCUGCUCAGAUUCCAUCAUUUGCGAAAAUCUCCGGCCUGAUUACAAUUUAUCCAGAGAGGAAGUUAUUCAAAAGACCUUUACCUUGAUUCUCCUUCCGAUUACGGAUGUCUCGCUCGCGAAUCUCUGGCGACUCCCGUCUGGUUGGGACUUCGAGGCGUGGACGAGAAAAAUCCGAGAACUCCAACGCAAUAUCAUCGUGUGGUCCUUAUUUCGCGACGACAAGGCACUGUCGCUUGCCCUCUUGUCCAAGCUUCCAACUAACUACAUAUUGGAAGAGUUUUCUCCUAGACAGAAGUAUUGGUAUUUUUAUGGCGCCGGACUGCAACGCAGGGAUCAAAUGAGCGAUUCCAAUGGCGACUUGGAAUUACGCACCUUCAUCUGUCCAUAUCCUGCGGUCGCAGACACCACCUACCGCCUCCUUACUUCAUGGUUGCACAAAGACACCUUCCCUGAUGAUAAUCAACGCAACCGAUACGUUAGUUAUCCUGAAUUCUUCCCGUUUGUUUAUAUCGCGUUACGAGAGGGGAACUACGAUUUUGUAAGGAUGGUUUUCAAUCGGUUCGCGGGGUCUGUUUAUAUUGAAGACGAACAUUGGGAUACUUGGUUUGACUCUUUAAACUAA